CUUCUCUCCAUAUGAAUGAUUAACAGUGUGUGUGUGUGUUGUUUUUUAGUGCAAAAUGGUUCACUGCAUCAGAAGGACACUGUUCAUGACAACGAUUUUGAACCAUACCUCACCGGUCAAUCUAAUCAGAGCAAUAGCUAUCCAUCCAUGACAGAUCCCUAUUUACCCAGUUAUUAUGCCCCUUCCAUCGGAUUCCCCUACUCCCUUAGCGAAGCGCCCUGGUCAACGGGUGGAGACCCUCCCAUUCCUUUCUUGACUACCUAUGGACAGCUAAGUAAUGGAGACCACCAUUUUAUGCACGAUGCUGUUUUCGGCCAGCCUGGGGGACUUGGAAGCAAUAUUUAUCAACAUAGGUUUAACUUUUUCCCUGAAAACCCAGCCUUUUCAGCGUGGGGAACUAGCGGCUCUCAGGGACAGCAGACUCAGAGCUCCGCUUAUGGCAGCAGCUACAGCUACCCGCCAAGUUCCUUGGGUGGGACUUUGGUAGAUGGACAGACAGGCUUUCAUAAUGACACUUUGAAUAAAGCCCCAGGUAUGAACAGCAUUGAGCAAGGCAUGGUGGGACUUAAGAUCGGGGCCGAUGUGUCAGCAUCUGCUGUGAAAACGGUAGGUUCUGUCAUCAACAGUACAGGGAUUAGUGGUGCAGUGACAGGGAACGGCAGUACCACACUUGGCAUGUCUGCGCCCAAGCCCGCCUCCUGGGCUGCCAUUGCUAGUAAACCGGCCAAGCCGCAACCAAAAAUUAAGACCAAGUCUGGGGUGCCAAUGGCAGGGGGGGCUUUGCCUCCACCGCCCAUAAAACACAACAUGGACAUCGGCACUUGGGAUAACAAAGGCCCAGUGACUAGAGUCCCUACUCCACAGCAGCAGCUGGCCAUGUCACCUCAGUCUGCAGCCCAGCAAAUGCAGCUUGUCUCUGCACAGCCCCAGCACCAGAUACCCCCUCAGCAGUACCAGAACAUGCAGCCCCAAAACCGUUGGGUGGCUCCGCGGAAUAGAAAUGCUGGCUACGGUGGCCAGGGUGCUGACAGCAACUCUACCGGCAAUGCCUCCUCGGGCAACGCCAUCCCUGGUACCGAGUCCCAUCCUGUGCUAGAGAAGCUGCGAGCUGCUCACAGUUACAACCCCAAGGACUUUGACUGGAACUUGAAGAACGGGCGGGUGUUUAUCAUCAAGAGCUACUCUGAGGACGACAUUCAUCGCUCCAUCAAGUACUCCAUCUGGUGCAGCACUGAACACGGAAACAAGCGCCUGGACAGUGCCUUCCGCACCAUGAACAGCAAGGGUCCCGUCUAUCUGCUGUUCAGUGUCAACGGCAGCGGACACUUCUGCGGCGUGGCCGAGAUGCGCUCCCCUGUGGACUAUGGCACGAGCGCUGGCGUCUGGUCUCAGGACAAGUGGAAAGGCAAGUUUGACGUCAAGUGGCUGUUUGUCAAGGACGUUCCCAACAGUCAGCUCCGACACAUCCGCCUGGAAAACAAUGACAACAAACCUGUCACUAACUCUCGAGACACGCAGGAGGUGCCCUUGGAGAAAGCCAAGCAGGUGCUUAAAAUUAUCGCGACCUACAAGCAUACCACCUCAAUCUUUGAUGACUUUUCACACUACGAAAAACGGCAGGAGGAAGAGGAUGUUGUUCGCAAGAACUUUGAGCCUGCUCCGACCCAGAACCGUUCCAGAUUGGAUCAGGUACAGUAUCAGCUAUUGCAGUGAUCUACUGUGGGAAGGAUCACCAAAGUCGAAGCAAACAGUAGAAGAAUAUAUUAAAGGCUUGAUAUACACUUUACCUGGACUGUUUUUUUUUGUUUUUUUUUUCCCUUUUGAUUUAAAAAAAACAAACUACAUUUUUUUUUUCUGUUCAAUUCUGGUGAUGUCGGCCAGCAUUAUUGAGACUUACGCUUUCUGCUCCAAUGUUAACUUCUUGUGAAGUUCUGUUUCAUUUAUAACUUCUGUUUCAUUUAUUGGUAGUUGCAUAUUUUCUAUUUCUUUAGCUGGACUGGUCCUUUUUUCCCCCCUUUGUAAUUUCUUUCAUUUCACAAAAAACAGUACUUCUCUUUGCCAGUGUUGUCUUGUUCUUGCAAUUGAUAGCUAAGAUGUAGUACUCUUCUGAUCCAAAAGGUGGCACUGUUUUACACAGUCUUUGGACGGAAGAGGACCACAGCUUGUUUUUUUGGUUGACCAGAAUAUUAUGAACCAGUAAUUGUUUCUGACUUCAUCUUAUAUGAUAUUGUAGCAUUAAUUGUUAAAAUUGUUACACUGAUGCUUUUUUGUUCAUGUGUUUAAUCCAGUCUGAAAAUGAGAGCAUUUACAACUUUUUAAAGUUAAUUUUUUGUUGACUUUUUUUUGUUUUUAAACAUACAAUGAUGUGGUGAUGUUGACAUUACAAUGUUUGAAUAACUUUCCAAAUCACUUAAUUUACUGUAACUUUGUAACUUUUUUUAUUUUCUGUUAACAACAUAUUGCACAUUUAAAAAAAAAAAAAAAAAAAAAAAAAAAAAAGUUUUGCUGUUUGUCUUCAGUAAUGCUAAGCUUUAAUGUAGGAGCAUAUAGUCAUGGACAAAGCCUCAAAUGUGUAACCUGAAAUUAAUGUUACUGAUUUAAUUGUCAAGAGGGGGGGGGGGGGCGGACACACGAAGAACUGUGGUUGUUUUUUUUUUUUUUUUUUGGAGGAAAUGAUAUUU